UGGUUGCAAUUUGAUUGGGGACUGAUUUUCCAUAAGGAUGGAAAGUUGCUUAACUGGAAAUACUGAAGCAAAGGGGAGAGAUGAAGAUCAGGAAGAUCAGGAGAUUUCCCCCGAUAUAUACGCACAGUUUCUGCAACGUCACGAAGGUGUCAUGAGGGAUGAGGCGACCAUGCUCGGCUUUAAGGCAGCGUUCGCGGCGAAUGCCGAACUCUUCCGAGGCGCCACCGUGCUUGAGGUGAACUGCGGCAGUGGAAUGCUGUCGAUGUGGGCGGCGCAGAGGGGCGCGGCACGAGUGAUUGCCGUGGAGCCGAGUGACGUCUGUCGGGUUGCGCGUCAAUUGGUGCGUCACAAUCACCUGGAGCAUGUGAUCGAUGUGGUGCAGGGAACUGUGCAACAAUUACAGCUGCCCCCCGUGGAUGUCAUCAUAUCCAAGUGGAUGGGUGCCUGCCUGAUGUACAGCUCUGCCGUGGAGGAUGUGCUCUGUGCCCGCGACAAGUGCCUCAAGCCAGGUGGCUGCAUCUUUCCCUCCCAGGCCAACCUCUAUAUAGCUGCCGCAGAUCAGGCCCGCAGAUCCGAGGACAUGAUCAGCUCCCCGUUGCAGUACUGGACACGUUAUUCUGGCCUAAAUCUGUCGCUUGCCUUUGAAAUCGCCCAGCAGACGCCUCUGGUCAGCUACAUAGAUGUCACCCAGGUGCUUACCCAGCGUCAUCUGCUGCAACGCUUCGAUAUGCACACACUGAGUCGCGAUCAACUAAGCUUCACUGUACCAUUCAAGCUGCGCUCUCUACGCCAAUCUCUGGCCAAAUACUUUGUGCUCUACUUUGACUUUCGCUUUCCGUCACCUGGUCAAGUCUUCAAAGUCAGCACAAGUCCCAGUGCUCCGGCCACACAAUGGAAGCAGACACUCUUCCCCAUCGACGAUCAUCUGCCGCUCUGCGUGGGCGAUACCAUCUCUGGUCAGUUCCGGGUCAGCCGAAGUCCACGGCAUCUGGACUUUGACAUCGGUUGGAGUUGCCACAACAAACUGACAAGCAUCAAGUUGCAUACACAAAUCUAUCGGAUGCAGGGAGAGGCGCAGGCCAUUUAAAUAAGUAUAGCACAGAUCCAAUUAAAGGACAUUAUGAAAUUGAAUUCAUUAUCACAUUAUGUCACACAUGAAGUAUAUAUUUCAUUUCAUGUUAAUUUAAUUUAAGCAUAUUUCAAUUUGAAUAUAUCUAUUCAAUAUGAAACAAAAUGAAAGUGAGUCCAUUUUGUCUUCAUAUUAAUACGUUAUUCAAUGUAUUUGUAAAUUUGUAUAAAUAUUAUG